AUGUUCUACAUUGCCGUUUUAGUCACGACCAAAACAGAAAAUCAAUUCGACGAUCUAUCUACUUAUGAAGAUGAUAAAGAGAGUGUAACUGAUACAUCAAGAGAAAAUUCCAUGCUGAUGCAGUCACAAACGUCGCAAGAUUCUUUAGAAACACUAGAUGACAAAAAUAUUCCAAGUGACUUAUUAGAAGAUGAAAAUGCUUCUCCAGAAGGAAACGUCAAAGAAGACAUGAAUGGCUACAAAGAAAAAUUAGGGGAAGAGACAAUGGGACAAAAGGAAAAAGAAAAAUCAUUAGCUUCCAUCAAUUCUCGAGCUAAUAAUAAAAAUAUCUACAGUGAAGUUGAUCAAUCUAGAAAAAAUAGGCGUAAACCUUUUAACAGAAAAUUUGGUCACAAAACAAGAAAACUGCGACAAGGAUCUAUAAACCCAGUUGGUGUUACAGCUCCCGUAAAAAAUACACCAGUAGUUAAUCCGAACGUCCAUGUUAGCGCUGGUAAUAUCUUAGAGGCGACAGCAAAUCCAAUUAUUGCCACACAAAAUCCUCCAAUCUCUUCACAAUCUGUGCAACUCAAUAAACAAGCAUCACUUCCUAGUACAAUCAUAAGUGAUAACAAUCAAGUUAUUCCUCCUUCUGAUUUGAUACCACCACCAAUACAAACUACAGAACAAGGAAAUGGAGCGGUUAUAUCGCCUUCUUUAAACACUCAAAAUACUGUGUCACAAAUUCAAAAUCCGCCUGCAUGCCCCCCAUUAUCCCUUGGAAACGAUGCCACUCAAUUAAAUCAGGUACAAUAUGGCAUCAUUAACCUUCCAAUCCAAUUGCAACAGCAAACAGUAGUACCUGUUUUGUCAAAUCCAGGUCAACCAUGUAAAAAGACACUUUCUAUACCUCAACCACAGGAUCAGGUGCAAACUUCAACGGUUAGUAAUCCAGUGCAAGCCGCGAUGCAAGUUCCGAUGCAGGCUCCUUCUUCACAGUCACCAACGGUUCAACAAGCUCAAUAUAAUUCAGUUCAACAAAACCCAGCAUCAGUAAAUCCGGUAUUGCAUGUACCGGUAAGAGUUCCACUUGCCCAGGCAGCUUUUCCUCCACAAAUGUCUUCUGUCCAACUUCAAGUACCUCCAAUGAGUUCUGUUGCGCAGACUCAACUUCAAGCGCCUACUGCUCAGUCAAUCUCUUUAGUACAAUCUGCUCCAUUGGCUAUGCGUCCUAUCCGAGUGGCUUCUGUCCUGACACCUCCAUUAGUACAAGCUGCUCCAUUAGCCAUGUCACCUGUCCAAUUACCUUCUGUUCAGUCACAGACGUUAGUACAAGCUGCUCCAUUAGCCACGUCACCUGUCCAUAUACCUCUUGUUCAGCCACCGCCGUUAGUGCGAACACCAUGUGCGGAAACAGUACCAACUGAACUAACAUCCCCCACGCAGAAUCCUUGUAUGCCACCCCAAGCACCAUCACAGCAAUUGUGUGCGCCUUCAUGUGCCCCACCAAUGAGUCCGUCGUGUCAAGAAGCUCCGAAAAUGGAAUCCUGUAUGCCAGCUUCGUCUCCACAAAUGUCUGAAGCGCCAAAAAUGGUACCCUGUGAGCCAGCUGCGCCUCCUCUAGUGUUUAAAGCGCCAGUCAAACCAGAAGUGGAAGAGGCAAAAGUUCCCAUGGAAUUGAAAACAAUUAAAGUUCUAUGUCCUAAGAAAAAAGAAAAGCCCUGCUCAAAAUUACUUGUUCAACUAGCACCGAAAUGCAGACCUGAAUGUCUUGUAAAUUGCAAGGAUUGCGAAAAAAGAUGCUGCGUUCCGAAGUUAAAAGCGUUGAUGCGUCGAUCAAAGAAUAAAAGGCAUUACGUUCGCCAAAAGAAUUAA